AUGGCGACGGACGGAAAUAUUCCCAACUGGGUGGAGGCCAAACUCCUGGACCUUUUGGAGAGGGGCGGGUUCUUGUCAGGGGACAGAGGACCAGUGACGAGCUCCUUGAAACUGCUGAACAGCGAUGGUCUCUGCUCGUCGAUGUUCCGAGCAGUGGUAGAAUCCGGACGGGUUAGGUACAACCUGAUGGUGAAGACACUGCUGAACUGGAGAUUCGACUACUACGCGGACAUGUUCAUCAACGAGUCUAGAAUGUACCAGGAGGUACUUCCAGGCCUGUUGGGAGGACACCCCGAGGUUCAUCCUUUCAUCCCAAAGUGCUACGGCGCGAUGGCGGAACCAGGUGAAGGUGUGAUACUCAUGGAAGAUCUGUCGCUGCAAGGGUUCACUCACGCUCCCAGGACAAUGGAUCUGGAGCACAUCUGUUUCUCCCUGAAGGCCCUCGGGAGAUUCCACGCCCUUUCUUACGCCGCGAAGAAGACAGAUAUGCCUAAAUUCCUGCAGGAAAUAGUGCACCGAAUACACGGUGCGCUCAAGGACGAGUACACCCAGUUUUUCAUGGGAAUGAUCAUCAGAGAGUCUUCUCUGCACGCGAUUCAGUUGUUCUCGACGCGGUUCCCCGAAGAGGCCGACAAACACUCCGACGCCAUCAAGUCGCUGAAGCAGAUGAUCGACGACAGCCUGCCGAAAAUGUUGUCGUCUGCGCUCGCCCAAAGUCCUCUCGCCGUCGUCUGCCACGGGGACUUCACCAGGAACAACUUGAUGUUCAGGUACGGGGAGGACGGGAAGAUAAGCGACGUCAAGUUCGUGGAUUUCCAGAUGUCUCGGUACUCAUCGCCCGUGGUGGACAUCUCCUCCGUCAUCUGCAUCAACACCUCCCCGGAGCUGAGAGCGGCCCAUCUGCCCGACAUGCUGUCCGCCUACCACGGGGGCGUGGUGCAGUCGCUGUCGGAGUCGCUGGACUGUCCUCCGGAGUCGCUGGAGGGAGAGUUCGGCCUGGAGGCCUUCCAGCAGGAGUACCGGAGAGGAGUGCUUCACGGCUUCUGCGUGGCUUCCUUCUUCACGCAAGCCGCGCUGGAGGGCCCUGGUUGCAUCCCUGUGCUGGGGAGUAGCGACACCCGGACAGCAGAGGACGUGCUACAGUUCCUGAGAGACAAGCGACUGGUUUACAGCGAGGAAGUCAACAGGCGACUAGCAGUUUUGGUGAAGGAAGUGCUGGAUAGCAACUACCUAGAGCCUCUCAUCUCAUAUCUUCAGCCACCCGAAUGA